AUGGAAUUCAUUUUCCUGCUCGUCAUUCUAGAAGGGAAACCGACAGCUCCCCUAGGCUGUUUUGGGAUGAGCAGACCGUAUCGCGAGAGGGUCUUCGUGGAUGGACGGGCUGCACAGCCAGAUAAAUGGGCCCGGUUUCGUGUUGCUCUGCAGAUCGCCGAUGACGAACAAGCCCCCGGGGCCCCGUCGGUUGAACACGAACCACGGGCGCCAGCCGAUCUACCGGAUCGUCAACGACCAGAUUGGGCGAGCGGCAUAUUUUUGGAGCGGAUUGACAUGGUGGUUCCUCGGGUUGUUCAGGGUGACACCGCACAUCUCAUUGUCCAAGCCCGGUUGCCACUGUGGUGGAGAGAGAGAGAGAGAGAGAGAGGCAAGAAGGAUGGAGUGGGCAAGAUCAAUUGGAUCCUCUCCCUAUCGACCCGCCUGUUUAUCGUUGUUCUGUACUGGUUCCUGCGCCUGCAACACCCGCCACGGUUCCAAACUUCUCCCUCAACCUUCAGCCUUCCCUCAUGGCCCGACGCCAUUGAUGCGCAACCAAUCUCGUCCAUCUUUCCGCCGAUUGCUCUUUUUUUGACCUCGAGGCCUAAGCCCCCUCUUCCCUCCUUUGGACUUUCCGGGUGGAUCAUCUUCGGGCCUGACAAGGGCAAAGCUGAAACCAACCUCGUCAGCUUGCGCCACACUCGGCUUCCUGGUGAGAGAGAAACGCCCCACACGCCCUGGAACUUCGCUCUCACCAACUCUCUCUUCGUCGUUGCCCCCCCCCUCUCUGCCGCUCCCUCCCCGAAAUACCUGCUCUUCCGUUGCUUUGGUUCGAGCACCCAUCGCGGUUGGCGCAAAUCCUUCUGCCUCCAUGGCGGCAUUGAUGCACUCGACCAACGAGCCUGUCGCCGUUUCAAACCCCAUCACCGGCCCCCGGCCGCCAUCGCCAGCCCAGAACCCAUCUCAUUCCUAAAACCACCAUCCAAACCGGAAUCCAAUUUGAGCUCCAUCGCCAGUGCCGGCUUGCACGUCUCGCGUUCCCAGCCCUCGCCGAUGGCCAGUCCCACAUCGGCGCCGGAUCGACCGGCCGAGCAGGACGGGGAUGCCGACCGCAACCGCUCCCAGGUGGCUCGGGAGGCAUUGGGCGCCAGCGAGAAAUCUCCGGGGCCCGCUAUACAUGAGCCCGCUAUACACGAGCCCGCUAUACACGAGCCCGCUGUGCACGCGUCCCCAGAACAGAUGCAAGUAGACACGCACACAAAUGAUACGACCUCGGACCCAUAUGGAUCGUCCGACCACCAUCAACAUUCGUUGAUGCACACCUCCACCGUCGCCAGCCCAGGGCCCAUCGAAGAGUCGGCAUCACAAGACGGAGAUCGGCCGCGCCCGCGGGCCGGUUCGGAAAUCGAGCAGGACAGUAAUAAGGCAUUUUCGUAUCCCAUGCCCACCGGCGGCAUUAAUGAUCCCCGUCGCGGCCUGAGUCUGCCUAACUCAGGGUAUAACCGAGGCAGUCCACGCUCUCCUUCAGCCAAGAAACAUCGCUGCCCGUAUUGCGCCACCGAAUUCACUAGGCAACAUAACCUUAAAAGCCAUCUUCUGACGCAUAGCCAAGAAAAACCAUUUGUCUGCCAGACGUGCCAAUCUCGCUUCCGCCGACUCCACGAUUUGAAACGACACACGAAACUGCAUACGGGGGAGCGGCCCCAUAUCUGCCCUAAGUGUGGACGACGUUUCGCUCGCGGCGAUGCACUCGCGCGGCACAACAAAGGUCAAGGUGGAUGCGCCGGUCGCCGAGCAAGCAUGGGAAGCUUUGCCCCAGAGGACGACUAUCCAGAUGGCCAGCACCCGGACGACACAAUGGAUGGCUUGGUGUAUGCGGAGCCCGAGCGAAUGGACGAGGAGGACGAGCGGAGGCUCAACAUGCCAAGCAUUCGCAAGCAUGAUGCGGAUCCCUUGCCUCGAUCCGAUUCUCUCCACGUUCGCCAACCUUCUACAUAUCCGCCGAUUGCCGCCAAUCGUGGACUCUUCCCACCUCCCGGCACCCAUGGCGGCUCGAGUACCUCAUCAGUGGCGACAUCACAACCUGGAAACUUGACCUUCCCGCCGGCAGCGAAAGUUCGAAGCCCCUCUCGCCCAAUGCCUUGUCGCACCAUGAUGCGGGUGUCCCGCCGCAUCGCGCACACUCCCCAGGAAUGGGCCAGUCCUUGCCACACCCGCAAGCCCCGUAUAGUCGGGGCAGCCAAUCGUCAACACAUGGGCCCCCCCGGACUGGGUCUACCGCCUCCCCAGCCUGGAGCACCACAACUUCCUCCGCCUGUCAUCAGCUCCCCCGAUGCGCGAUUCUCCCUACAGGCCACCGCGAAGCACACACCAUCCCACAGCCACUCCAGCAGCCACGGUCUACCACCUCCCCCCAAACUUGCAUCCGACGGACCCGAUCUCAGCGAAACUGAUAAGCUAUGGGCAUAUGUGCGAUCCAUGCAUGAUGAACUGACCGGCCUCCGGACCGAAGUUGCAGCUCUCCGCGCGCAUAUCGCCUCGACAAAUGCCUCCAUUGUGCCGCCCCCGAUCGAGGCUAACCAGGCCAACUCAGGCCCGCGAUAA